AUGGCGUCAACAAUCAACGCAGAAUCCCUCUUACACCUGGCUCAAAAUCCUCCUCAAGAUUCUCGAGAACGAUUUUCCCUGUAUGAAGCAGCACGACGGCUUAUGUUAUCUGUGGAGGACCCAAUGAGCAUGGGGUCCCGACUGACCGCAGCUGCAGUAUCUCAAGUAGCAAUCGACCUCAAGAUAUUCGAGCUGUUGAUAAAAGAACCAAACGAGCACUGGUCAGUCGACGAUUUAGAGAAGCACACAGGUGCGGAGGCCAGUCUCCUGGAUCGGCUCAUGCGUAAUCUUGCGGUGAACAAUUUGGUGCUCGAGGUUGCCAGUUCUACGUAUUCUGCUUCUCACCUCACCGCACGCUGUGCGUCUGCAGCAUUCAGAGCCGGUUUGGCACACAGCAAAAACCUGAUAUGGCCAGGUCUACAGGUACUACCCACGUUUCUGGCUGAGAACGGUUAUCAAAAUCCUCGUGAUCAUGUGCGAUCGGCAUGCAUGAGAGGCGUGGACUUUGAUGGCGAUGCAAUGGCUUAUUUGAAAGAAAACCCUGAGCAGGCGGCCGCGAGCUAUCUCUUCAUGGCGGAGAACAAAAAGGAGGCUCCGAAGUGGGUAGAUGGCAAAAUUCCAACGACUGACCUCAUACUCAGUGAGGAGGAACUUGCCGACAGUCGCGUCAUGCUUGUAGAUGUUGGUGGCGGGAGCGGACACCAGUGCGAGGCCAUUCGCAAAGCUUUUCCCCAUCUCAAAGGUCGCAUCCUGGUAGAGGACCUCCCUUUCAUGGUCAAUAGGAUCGAUAAAGAGCAUGCUCGCACAGUCGGUUUCGAAGUCGUUGCGCACGAUUUCUUCAAACCUCAGCCAAUACGCGGAGCCAAGGUCUAUUACAUGCGCAACGUCAUCCACGAUUGGGACGAUGAGCGAGCGUCCGCUAUCCUGCAACCAACUCACGAAGCCAUGGCCAAGGACUCUGUCCUGUUCAUUGAUGAGAUUAUUUUACCGAAAGUUGGCGCUUCCAGUAGGCAAGUACACAUGGACAUGGCUGUCAUGGUUUUUGCAGGAGCCAUGGAGAGGACAGACAAGCAGUGGAAAGAUUUGUUGGGCAACAAUGGGUUCGAAAUUCGAGACAUAUGGGUCUACGAUGAGCAGCUAGGCGCUGCAAUUCUUGCCGCUGUACCUAAAUCGGAAUAG